CACAAAAGGGAAACUGAGGCCCAGAGAGCCAAGUGGACUCUCCCAAGUCACCGAGUAGAAUAUAAACUUCCAUACCCGAGUUUUCCCAUCUCCCCCUUCUCAAAAGGCCAGCCCGCUUACUUGCGCUCCCCUGUCUCCCCAGCCUCUUGCUGCGGGAACCCCGCCUUCCCACCUAACCUGUCAACCAGAGUGGUAGGAGGAGAGAAUGCUGUCCCCAACAGCUGGCCUUGGCAGGUCUCUCUCCAGUACCUCAAGGACGACACAUGGAGGCACACCUGUGGGGGCAGUCUCAUCACCACCAGCCACGUCCUCACUGCCGCCCACUGCAUCAACAAAGACUUCACCUACCGUGUGGGCCUGGGGAAGUAUAAUCUGACAGUGGAGGAUGAGGAAGCUCCGUGUACGCUGAGGUGGACACCAUCUACGUCCAUGAGAAGUGGAACCGCCUCCUCGUGUGGUCAGAACGACAUCGCCAUCAUUAAGCUGGCUGAGCCUGUGGAGCUGAGCAACACCAUCCAGGUGGCCUGCAUCCCAGAGGAAGGUUCCUUGCUGCCUCAGGACUAUCCCUGCUAUGUCACGGGCUGGGGUCGCCUCUGGACCAAUGGUCCCAUCGCUGAAGUGCUCCAGCAGGGCCUGCAGCCCAUCGUGAGCCAUGCCACGUGCUCCAGGUUGGACUGGUGGUUCAUCAAGGUCCGGAAGACGAUGGUGUGCGCUGGGGGUGAUGGCGUCAUCUCUGCCUGUAACGGAGACUCUGGCGGCCCACUGAACUGCCAAGCAGAAGACGGCUCAUGGCAGGUCAGCAUCGUGAGCUUCGGUUCCAAUAGCGGCUGCAAGCGUACACAAGAAACAUUAGUCUUCACCUGAGUGUCUGCCUACAAUGACUGGAUCAACGAGACCCUGGCUGAAGCCUUCUCAGAGGAGGCCUUGAGUCAGGACUGA